GGUACAAUUUAGUUAGCUAAUAGAACAGUUAUUAAACUUCAUGCACUCAUGGAUUCAUCUAAGAAACUGCCGUAACAUCAAACAAUGCCAAUUGUAUGUCCAGACAUCUUUAUUGCCAGCUUCCCCUGACCGCCAUCUUGAAAUGUAAAUGUUUGUUUCCUCUGACUGACGUUUAAACUAAAGGUAGCAAUUUAUAUUUGUUCAGAUCUCGGCGUGCAGGAUGAAUCACAUAAUAGUACAAACGCAGGAAUAACAAAGUCCAGAAUGCAUAGUGCUCAAUCCCUGUCUGUAUCAAGAUAAGAUUCAACCACGCUGGCCUCCUAACCAUCCCUCAUCCUCACUCUGCAGAUCUUCAAGCACAGACUAGGGUAAAUGCUGCUGGAUCUGGCAUAAUGAGGUAGAUGGGGGAAUCCAAGAACAUGGUGUUGAAUGGCAGGCGGCAUUGCAGCAGAUUCUCCAGUGAUCGAUCCAUAACCUCGGCCAGGUCUCUGCGACAGAGCAAGGGCUCCUUUAGAAGUAGGAGAUGUAGUCAGCGUGUCAUCAGUUCUGCCCUUGAGGCAGAGAGACGUCAUACCCCGUCGUCGGGUAUGACUCCAAAGGAGCUCUGUGAGAAUGAUGACUUGACUACAAGCCUUAUUCUGGACCCCUACCUCGGCUUCCAGACCCAUAAGAUGAAUAGCAGGUUUCGACCCAUCAAGGACCGACAAGGACAUUUGAAGGAGGUGCUAGAGUGCUUUAAAAAACAUGACAACCUCGAGAAUGCCUUCCAUGCCUUGACUGCAGGGGACUGGUCAAGACCCCACUUUCACCACAAGACGAAGGCUCAGGGCAAACUCUUCAAAGAGCAUGUUUUUGUUUACCUACGAAUGUUUGCAACUAACAGUGGGUUUGAAAUACUUCCUUGCAAUCGUUAUUCCUCUGAGCAGAAUGGAGCCAAAAUUGUAGCAACAAAAGAGUGGAAAACCAAUGAUAAGAUAGAAUACCUGGUGGGCUGCAUCGCUGAGCUAUCACAGCAUGAGGAAAGCAUGUUACUGCGACAUGGUGAAAAUGACUUCAGUGUGAUGUACUCCACCCGCAAGAACUGUGCUCAACUGUGGCUGGGACCUGCAGCCUUCAUCAACCAUGAUUGCAGGCCAAAUUGCAAGUUUGUUUCCACUGGGCGAGAUACAGCUUGUGUCAAGGUUCUGAGGGAUAUUGAACCUGGGGAAGAGAUCUCAUGUUACUACGGAGAUGGCUUCUUUGGGGAAAAUAAUGAACUCUGUGAAUGUUACACCUGUGAAAGACGAGGUGCUGGUGCUUUCAAACCGAAGACUGGGCAGCCUACGGCCACUCCUAUUAUCAACAGCAUGUAUGGCCUGAGAGAGACAGACAAACGGCUCAAUCGACUUAAGAAACUAGAAGAAGACAGCAAAUGCUCUGACAGUCAGUUGGAUGGCUCUAAUAUGGAUCCAGACUCUCAGGAAAAUCGUGACACACAUUCAUCUGUAGGGAGGACAGCCUGCUCCAUUGUAACAAGGCUCAGUGAAGCACAAGCCUUUCACAGGCAAACUCUGUCCAAAAUGCCUAUCCCUACCUCAUCAUUCAAUCAAAGACACUCAAAGAACUCCAACGUGCCAGAGAGACUAAACUCAAAGUCCAUAAAGCCUUUGCACAAGCUAGGAAGAAGGUGUCAGGUAACUGCACACAGGUUUCCCAUUGAGGUGGAAGCUAUGGGUUUGUGCCUUAAGGACCCGACAGAAUUAGUCAGUAACAGGGUCUCACGAAAGAGAGAGAUGGAUAAGCAAGGACCCAUGCAAAUGGUGGGAGCAAGGGGUGGUAUUGUGCACUACACUGUGAAGGAACACAAUCAGAACUCAAUGAAAGAUGGUAGUAGGUGCCCUGAUGGUUUAGCUUGCACUCACAGAACUCGCAGUUCAACCAGAGCAUCAGUUGGCACACAGGGGUCUGACAACAUUAAACUUGAACCAAACUGCGGUGUGGUUAGUAAGACCAAGCCUAUGGACCUUGGAGAGUAUGUCACAGAUGGUCACUGGAUGAACAGCCCAAGCCUGGAUAUCAACUGUCCAAGUAAGACCUGCCCCAGACAGAGGCAAAUGAUAAAUCAGGAGGAGCAGCACUCUUUCAGACCAGCAUCCCUUCUCCAGGAGGAGGUUCCAGGCCUACACCAUGCAGCCCGUACCCCAGACAUAGCUGAAUGCAGGAAAGAGUUGCAAUGCCAGCCAGAUGGUCGUGAGUACUACAACAACCUGUCGAAGGGAGACAAGCUUCUCCAACUUGGCAAGGGGAAGAAGAAACAGCAGAUUACUCGCUAUGAUUCCCAGCUGAUCCUAGCCAACAACAGCUCAGGCAUCCCCAAGUUGACCCUGCGGAGACGAAGGGACAGCGGCAGCAGUAGGAUUGAGCCUGGUGAGGCUGACCAUGCGAAGUCCUCCAGCUCCAUAAAGACCAGCAUGAAAUUUGGGAAGAACCAUCACCAUGCAAAGACCAAGAGGAGCUCUUAUGCAGCCAGACGGAGUAAUGGGACUUUCAGUCCUAUGGACCACAUCCAUUCCUCCAAACAUGGCCUCAGUCCUGUGGACCACAUCCGCUCCUCCAAACAUGGCCUCAGUCCUGUGGACCACAUCCGCUCCUCCAAACAUGGACUCAGUCCUGUGGACCACAUCCGCUCCUCCAAACAUGGCCUCAGUCCUGUGGACCACAUCCAUUCCUCCAAACAUGGCCUCAGUCCUGUGGACCACAUCCGCUCCUCCAAACAUGGCCUCAGUCCUGUGGACCACAUCCGCUCCUCCAAACAUGGCCUCAGUCCUGUGGACCACAUCCGCUCCUCCAAACAUGGCCUCAGUCCUGUGGACCACAUCCAUUCCUCCAAACUGCAGAUUCAGCUGCAGCGUGAGUGGAACAGCAGGAGGCUCAGCCAGUAUCACCAUGGCACUGGGCCCUUCACGGGUAUAGUAGAGAGGGAGGCAGGGGAGGUCUUUGGGCCUACAGUAGCAACAUUUGGGAUGCAUGAUGACACAGAGGAAGACUCGUCCUCUUCUGAAGAAGAGGAUGAUGAAGACGUCACUGACCAUGAAGAGUUUGACGAUUUUAUUCCACUUCCACCAACAAAACGCCUCCGGCUCAUUGUUGGUAAAGACUCUAUAGAUAUUGAUAUUGCAUCAAGGAGACGUGAAAACCAGUCACGAACAGUCAAUGCAUGAGCUCUGUGGGUCUUUAUUUGACUUUUGUUGAUUAAGUCAAUAAAAGUAAAAUCACAUGCUGUUGUAAAAUGUUAACUGUUUUUGUACAUGAUGGAACUUGAUUUGUUAUUCAUAUUGUAGGAUGUGUACAUUUUACAUAGCAUACAAUGUGUAGACAAUUAUUUUUAUAUCUUCAGCUUUAUUUUGUACAAUUGUUAAUUAUAUUUAAAGCCUUUUCUUGUUUGUGUUGGUAAACAUGCUAAAUGUUGCUCCACUGACAUUGGAACCUUUUGGGGGAACACUGCAAACAAAAUUUGCUUUUUUCAAUAUGGCAGUGUAUACAUACAUAUAAAAUAAUAUGCAUUUCAUAUAUUGUUUUCAUGUUUAAAAGGAACAUAAUUCUUGUUUCUUGCUGGAGGUAUGUAAAAAUGUUUGACUUCCAGUGAUUCCUGGGAGCUGGUCUCUGAUGUUUUAGCCCCAUCGUAAUCACUCAUUCCUUAAUCAGAAUAUGUUGGUGCUUGCAUAAUGAUUCUCUUUGUUAACUUUUUUGUUUGUGCAGAUGUGGUUAUUUAGGAUUGUAUUUUAUUUUUUGAUCAAAUCUUUGUUUUUCUAUUCAUUUCACUUCAGUCACUCAAUUCUCAAACUGUAUAAUUUCUCAGUCUUGAUUUAGCAAUCACAAAUUUAUUAGAACUUACUUGGUCUGGCAAAGGUACUGUAGAUAUUCAAACACUUUUCUUACUUUGCUAUUUUGUUCAACAUUUUGAUCAUCAGUUCACCUGAAUUACUUUGUCUGCUGUGUAGGAUUGGUGAAUGGUGUGCAUGUCUUAACUUUUUUAAUUGCUCUGUAUAUAUAUAUUUUUAUACUAGGUUGAAUUAAAGUCUGUUGUACAACUUUG